AUGUGCGCGCAGAUCUGGCUGCUGACCGACCGGCUCAUCCGCGAGGACUACCCGCAGGUGCAGAUCCUGCGCGCGCUCCGCCAGCGCUGCUCCGAGCAGGACGUGCGCUUCCGGGCCGUGUUCCUGGACCAGAUCGCCGUCACUGUCGUCGGCGGCCACCUAGGCCUGCAGCUAAGCCAGAAACCCCUGACCACCUUCCCCGAUGUGGUGGUCGUCCGAUUAUCCACGCCCUCCGUCCAGUCAGAUAGUGAAAUCACCAUCCUGAGGCACCUGGAGAAGCUGGGCUGCCGCUUGAUCAACCGUCCUCAGAGCAUCUUAAACUGCAUCAACAAGUUUUGGACAUUCCAAGAGCUGGCUGGACAUGGGGUCCCCAUGCCAGACACCUUCUCCUAUGGUGGGCAUGAAGACUUUUCUAAAAUGAUCGAUGAAGCGGAGCCCCUGGGCUACCCAGUGGUGGUGAAGAGCACACGGGGACACCGGGGAAAAGCUGUUUUUCUGGCCAGAGACAAGCAUCACCUCUCUGAUAUCUGCCACCUGGUCCGCCAUGACGUGCCCUACCUGUUCCAGAAGUAUGUGAAGGAGUCGCACGGGAAGGAUAUCAGGGUGGUGGUGGUGGGUGGCCAGGUGAUCGGCUCCAUGCUGCGCUGCUCCACCGAUGGCCGUAUGCAGAGCAACUGUUUUCUAGGUGGUGUGGGCGUCAAGUGCCCACUGACAGAGCAAGGCAAGCAGCUGGCUAUCCAGGUAUCCAACAUCCUGGGCAUGGAUUUCUGUGGUAUUGACCUUCUCAUUAUGGAUGACGGCUCCUUCACUGUGUGUGAGGCAAACGCCAAUGUCGGCUUCCUAGCCUUUGACCAGGCAUGCAACUUAGAUGUGGGGGCAAUCAUUGCAGACUAUGCCAUGUCCUUGCUGCCCAACAGGCAGACGGGGAAGAUGGCCAUCCUCCCCGGACUGUCAAGUCCCAGGGAAAAGAAUGAGUCGAAUGGCUGUGCUUCAGCUCAGGGAGUUGAGAAUGUCUACACCAUCAAUAAUGGCUCCACCUCUAGUGAGAGUGAGCCUGAACUGGGAGAGGUCCGGGAUUCCUCAGCAAAAAUGAUGGGGGUCCCACCUCCCCAUGUUGCCCGAGCCUGGUUACAACAUUAA